GUUGAUGAUUUGAUAAUCUACUUCCCACACGUGUCUUACGCUCCUUUAGACCCUGUCCUCCCCAUGUCUCGCAGUUCCUUCUGUUUGAUGGAUAUCUUUAAUCUGGAUUCUGUGCAACAGGCUUUUCAAUAUGAUGAGAAUACGUUUGUGGACGGCCAGCUCUGUGGUCUUUUGUCGAGUAGCUAUUCCAAUAGGGAGAUCCUGUUGGACUUGAUAAGCUCCCACACUGUGGCUUGAUACAAUGUGUCACCCAUAGAUCUUGAUGGAGCCAGGCGCAUCCUGGCUUUUUCUCAGAAGCUCUGUGCCUUUCCUGCCUUAUUCCUCCUUGGAUAUCCAUGUGAAAAUAGGACGCGCCAUGUUUCUGGUGGAAAUUACCUUGGUGGUGCAGGCUGACGAUAUACCAUUCCCCAUGGCUUCAUUCCGGAGUGAGGCCAUGGGAAGAUAUGUUCCGUGCAAUGGGUAUAUAUAGGAGUCUUUCGUCCUCUUAUGGCCUUUGUCAAAAUCCUUUCCGUUUCUCUUGCGGCUACAGCUGUGGCCAAUGCUGCAACUAUUUUGUCACCUAGAUACCCCAAUGAUGUAAUUCCAAAUGAAUACAUUGUUGUUAUGAAGGAUGGAGUUUCCAGCGCAUCAUUUGCCUCUCAUAGCGCCUGGGUGGCCGAUAUGCACUAUUACAACCACACCAAACGAGCACUCCCCGGUCAUGGCAUUCAGGAGGUAUAUGACAUUUACGAGAUGAAAGCUUAUUCUGGCAAAUUUGACGAAGAUACCAUUCAGAGAAUUGCGAAAGAACCUGAUGUUGCGUUCGUUGAGCCCAAUCAAAUUGUGACGAUUUCCGAGAUUUCUGUGCAGAAAGCAGCUCCAUCCUGGGGUCUCUCACGUAUUUCAGUUAAGGAGAACCACGUGUCUUCUAACACUGAUUACUUUUAUGAUAGCAGCGGGGCUGCGGGUAUCUGGGUCUAUGUUGUUGAUACUGGAGUUGAUAUUAAACACCCCGACUUUGAAGGCCGUGCUGUCUGGGGCACCAGCACAGUUGACAGAUCUAAGACUGAUCGCCUUGGCCAUGGCACCCAUGUUGCUGGAACAAUUGCAAGCAAGACCUAUGGUGUUGCUAAAGCGGUUAAGAUCAUUGCUGUGAAGGUGUUUAAGGAGAGAACCACCAGCUAUAAGGACAUAAUUGGUGGCAUCGACUGGGCGGUUAAGCAUGCCAAGAAAAAUAACAUGCUUUCCAAAUCUGUUGUUAACAUGAGCCUUGGUGGCGGUCGAAGUUCGGCUAUGAACAUGGCUGCUGCCAAUGCUCAUAAGGCCGGCAUGUUUGUUGCUGUUUCUGCCGGCAAUACUCCGAUAGAUGCUGUGAAUUUUUCCCCUGCCUCCGAACCUCUCGCUUGCACAGUUGCAGCAUCCGAUAAAGACGAUAUGCAAGCACGGUUUUCCGCCUUUGGGCCCUCUGUUGAUAUCUUUGCUCCUGGAACGGAUAUUGUUUCGCUCGUCCCACGUAAAAAAUUCGGAACUAAAUCGGGUACUUCUAUGGCCGCAGCUCACGUUUCUGGGGCAGGUGCCUAUAUUAUGGCAAUUGAGAAGAUUCCCGGAAACGAAGUCUGUAACCGUCUCAAAGAGCUCGCCCAAAGCUCCAUUGUCCGUGCAAGCGAUAAAACCACCACGAAGCUUCUUUACAACAAUAGCGGGAAGUAAAACAGCCUUUUCAAAUCGACGAACUUGGCAGGAAUUGUGGUACUUGAACAUCAUUAAACCCAAGUUUGAUCUUGGUGGUUCAGAAGGGCUGCAUUGAAAGCCCGGGAAGUGCAUUUGCUGUCUAUAUGCUGUGAAUUAGAUACUGUGUCAUAGAUUCAAAUGCUACGGAGUUGAUAAAUAUGC